AUGGAGUUAAAGCAUUACCUUGUUCAGAUGAGUUCGACAGCAAGUGAAAAUGAUGAUUUGAUUGAUUUGGACCCGUUUGAGUCAGAAAGUUUUCAAAAUGAGGAAUCUAAAACAAAACGAAGGAAACGGUCAAACGUGUGGAACUUUUUUGAAAUGGUUCCUGAGUCUGAGAACAAUGAUGGCAAACUACGAGCAAAGUGCAAGAUGUGUGGAGUUACUUAUAUGGCUGCGAGUAAAUAUGGAACUGAAAAUAUGAAGCAUCACAUUAACGCAUGCCCUAGGAGAAGUUCACAAGAUAUUGGUCAGAUGAUGUUAUCACAAGGUUGUGGAUCUAUUUCGGUAAGCACUCCUAAAUUUGAAACUGAACAAUAUAGAGAACUUUUGAUAGCUUCUAUUGUGAAGCAUGAACUGCCUUUCCGUUUUGUUGAAUACUCGGGGAAAAGGGUUUUGAACUUUUCUUUUAUGCCAUCACCACAUAAUGGCAUAUCUUUGUCUGAAAAAAUUUAUAAUUUGCUAUGUGAUUGGGGAAUUCAACACAAGAUUUUUGUAUUGACUUCAGACAAUGCUUCGUCUAAUGAUGUUUCAGUAGAGUUGUUAAGAACUCAAUUGAACAUUAAAAAAGCUCUUCUUUGUGAUGAUGAGUUCUUUCAUUUUCGUUGUUGUGCUCAUAUUCUGAAUUUGAUAGUACAAGAUGGGUUAAAAGAGAUUGAUUCUGCUAUCCAAAAAGUUCGUGAGAGUAUCAAGUAUGUCAAAGGGUCACAAUCAAGGAAGGUAAAAUUUUUAGAUUCUACAAAACAAAUGUCUUUGGAUAGCAAGAAAGGGUUGAGACAAAGUGUUCCCACUAGAUGGAAUUCUACUUUUCUUAUGCUUGAGAAUGCUAUUUUCUAUCGUCGUGCUUUCAGUCAUUUGGAGUUGACUGAUUCUAAUUUUAAGCAUUGUCCAUCAAUAUUUGAUUGGGAAAAAAUAGAGAAGAUCAACAGUUUGUUGGGAGUUUUUUAUGAAGCCACUUGUGAUUUUUCUGGGACCAAAUACCCUACAGCCAAUCUAUACUUUCCAGCAAUGUUUUUGAUUUAUUUUACAUUAAAGCGACACUCUGAGGGUGAAGAUGACUACAUGAAGACCAUGUGUUGUAAAAUGCUUGUUAAGUUUGAGAAAUAUUGGUCCGAGUUCAAUGUAUUAUUGGCUAUAGCAGUUAUUUUGGAUCCUCGAUACAAGCUUCAUUUUGUUGAUUUUUCUUAUACAAAACUUUAUGGGGAUUGUUCCAUUGAGUAUAUGAAUGUUCGGAGCAAAGUGUCAUCUCUUUUCAUGGAAUUUAGUUCUUCUAGUGCUCCCACAUGUUCUACCACGACUUCUGAUAGCACUUAUAGUAGAGCAGAAAGUCAAUCUUCGAUUAAUAAACAAGUAUUUCAGGAAUUUGAUUCAUUUAUACAUGAUGACUUUGCUGCCCAUAUGCAAAAAAGUCAAUUGGAUCUUUACUUGGAUGAACCUAGGGCAGACAGAAAUGCAAAGAUUGACAUUCUUUCCUUUUGGAAAGGAAAUGAGUUUCGUUAUCCUGAUCUUGCUUGUAUGGCUCGUGAUAUUUUGAGUGUUCCAGUUUCUACAGUAGCAUUUGAAUCUACUUUUAGUGUUGAUGGGCGUAUCAUUGAUCAAUUUAGGAGUGCACUAAAAGCAGAUAUUGUUGAAGCAUUAGUCUGCACUAGAGAUUGGCUAUAUGGCGAGGAGCAAGAAACAGAAGAAGUUAAAUUGGACGAGUUAGCCGAAGAUAUAAUGGAGUUGGAGAAAAACAAGGACAAGGAAGACACUCCACCUCAUUCUUGA